UGUUCCUAUCUUUUUCUUUUCCACCGUCUUGUCAUUUUCGCAUGUACAGGCGGGUUUUUAAUCCUAGCCAUGGUGCGUAUGAAUGUAUUAAGUGAUGCUUUAAAAUCAAUCCACAAUGCAGAGAAGCGCGGUAAAAGGCAAGUCCUUAUCCGGCCCUGCUCAAAAGUUAUUGUCAAGUUUUUGACUGUGAUGAUGAAGCACGGGUACAUCGGCGAGUUCGAGAUUGUAGAUGACCACAGAGCCGGCAAAAUAGUAGUAAAUCUCACGGGCAGAUUAAACAAAUGUGGCGUAAUUUCUCCUCGUUUUGAUGUACCGAUCAACGACAUUGAGAGGUGGACUAACCUCUUACCAUCCCGACAGUUUGGUUACCUUGUACUUACCACCAGCGGUGGUAUCAUGGACCAUGAAGAAGCAAGAAGGAAACAUCUUGGAGGGAAAAUCCUAGGUUUCUUUUUCUAAGUUUAUGUAAUACAUUUAAAAAUGUA